AUCGACGGUGAACGAAAGGCGAAGGCGCGGAAAAGCGCGUGGAAAAUCCAAAUAAAAAGUUGAUGGAAAUGUGAGGCCCGAAUACGUGAGGCGCGACAUUUUCCGGACCACUGUGUGUGUGCGUGUGCGAGUGGCAGUGUUUUUGUGACUCGAGGCUAAAGUGUAAAGGGCUGAUAGAAGGAAAGACACAAAAAAGUGUUGUGUGUGAAUAAGGGGAAUCAAAACAAAAAUAUAUCUUCCCCGGAGAUUGCCAUAGAUCAAAGCUCGUAAAGCAAACAAAGUGCGAAUUGAUAGGACACAAAGCAGACCUGAUAAAGUGUUAGAAAAAAGGAUCUAACGAGGAGUGGAAGGAAAGUGAAAAAGUAUAGCUGCAACACUAAAAAGAGGCCGAGAAUCGAGUGGGUCAUCGCAAAAUGUUGACCCUGUGGACGGCACUUUUCUGCUGCCUGACGGGGCUGGCCGUGUGCUACCAGCGGCAAUCUGUGAGCAACAACAAUCACAACAACGCCGAGGCGAAGCCCACCCACGCACCCCCCUCGCAUUAUCCUCAUGGCCACAAGUGGAACGAGCCGUACUUUGAUCUCACGAUGCCCAGGAACAUCACUUCGCUGGUGGGCAAAUCCGCAUAUCUGGGCUGUCGUGUCAAGCAUCUGGGCAAUAAGACGGUUGCCUGGAUACGACACCGUGACCUGCACAUCCUCACCGUGGGCACCUACACCUAUACGACCGAUCAGCGCUUCCAGACCUCCUACCACCGGGACAUCGACGAGUGGACCCUGCAGAUCAAGUGGGCCCAGCAGAGGGACGCCGGGGUCUACGAGUGCCAGAUAUCCACGCAGCCCGUGCGCAGCUACUCGGUCAACUUGAACAUCGUGGAUCUGAUAGACGCCGAGACCAGCGAUAUGAUGCAGCAGUAUUAUAACGACGACGCCUUCUAUAUAGCCGAGAAUCGGGUGUAUCAGUCCAGUAACGAUGAGUUUGCUGGGAUGUUCGGACCCAUUCAGACAGUUGCGGUGCCCACGGCUACCAUUCUGGGAGGACCCGAUUUGUACGUGGACAAGGGCAGCACCAUAAAUCUCACUUGCAUCAUCAAGUUCAGCCCGGAGCCGCCGACCCAUAUCUUCUGGUAUCAUCAGGAUAAGGUGCUCAGCGAGGAGACUUCGGGCGGCCGGCUGAAAUUCAAGACCAUCAAGUCGGAGGAGACCAAAUCCAUUUUGCUCAUUUACGAUGCGGAUCUCCUGCACUCCGGCAAAUACUCGUGUUAUCCUUCGAACACGGAGAUAGCCAGCAUACGCGUCCAUGUCCUUCAGGGCGAGCGACCCGAGGCGAUGCAAACGAACGCGGCACCGGCAGCCGUCGCCCUGGCCUGUUGGUCCUGUCACUUUGGCCAGGCCACGCAGGCGGUCAGGGUAAUUAGCACAAUGGUGGCCGCACUUGUUCUCUUGGAGGCCUGCUCCUCGCUGCUCCUGCAGGGCGGAGGGGGAUGUUCCGUUGGAGGAGGAGGAUGUCCUGGAGGCGGAGGAGUCGCCGGGACCACUCGCAUCAGGGAGAAACAGGAGAAGCCGCGCCCAAGAUCCUCGGGCGACCCCAAGGAGCCCUCGACGACGUCCGAGGAGCGUGUCAAUAAUGGCAGCCGGAAUGCACGGUGAUAAAUUAAUGUCGCCCAGUUGGAAUUUCACCGCCAAUGCAGCGCCCAAAUGCAGCAGAAAUUAUUUAUAGGCGAAGUUGAGGAGCAUCGGGAGCCGCAGGAGCAGCAGGAGCAGCAUCUGAGGUCCUUCCACUCGAGCUGCAUGUAAUACCUUUCUGAAAAACCAACUAAUUAUGCUAAUGAUGGAAGACGCCGUGCUGCUGCUUCUGCUGUUGCUCCUGGCGAGCUGCUCCUCCCGCUUCUCCUUGGCAAAGUUGUAAGUAAGUGUGUUUCUAAUUAAGUGGGCUGGGGAUUAGUUAGUUAGGCGGAAAUCAGAGCCAUGUACAUAAGCUUCUCACGUAAAUUGCCAGCACACUAGCGAACUUAGCUAAAUGGAAAGCAUUUCGAACGAAUCAUCAAAUUAGAGAACUAUAUUCAAGUGGUUUGCUUAUAGAGCCAUGCCUAGGUGUUUAAAUAAAUAUUAAAAGUAAAUGAAA